GGGUUCUAUACAAGAGCUGACGUUAUAUGAGAAUGCAACCGAAUUACAGUUCAGACAGCUUUGCGAAGGCAAAAUCAAAAAUAUCAACGCGACUGAUUGCGAUGACCUUACCCCGGAAGAAUAUUUCCCUACAGAAGACUCUAUUGUAAGAGAAAAGCUGCGAGGUGAUAUGGGGGACCUAGGUGAAAAGGGAGAACCGGGUGAAAUAGGACCACCAGGUGAAAAAGGGGCACAAGGUGAAAAGGGGGAAUCUGGUGAAAAAGGGGACUUUGGUGAAAAAGGGAUUCAAGGACAAAAAGGAGAAAAGGGAGAAAAAGGUGACUACGGUCAGAAGGGAGAGCCUGGUAAUUCUAUUAUUGGCGAACCUGGGCCCAAAGGUCCGAUGGGGCCCCUAGGACCACGAGGACAAAUGGGUCCUCGAGGAGAAAACAGGUCAUGCAAAUGCUCGGAAAGUAUGGUCUCUACAUUAUUGAAAGAGAUGCCAGAAAUGAGAGGCCCCAAGGGAGAUCCAGGAGAAACUGGUGAUUCAGGUCCAGUAGGAUUAACCGGCAAAAGAAGGACGUCAAGGGAACGCGGGCCUCAGGGAUUAAAAGGAGAUAGAGGUGAGCCAGGAGAGGACGGGAAACCAGGUCGCGAUGGUAAACCUGGCGAUAAAGGAGAACCGGGACGGACUGGAGAUCCAGGGCCACCUGGAGAUAGAGGACUGCCAGGAAUCGCUGGCCCGCCCGGACCCAUUUAUAGAGAAACAGAAGAAGAAAAAAGGGCGAGGAUAGUACGUUUACCAGGUGAAAGAGGUAGCCCUGGACCUGAAGGACCAAGGGGCCCACCAGGGCACAAUGGUAUUAAAGGAGACAAAGGCGACAAAGGAGAUAUAGGUCCACAGGGUGAAAGUGGACAAAAGGGUCACCAAGGAGAUAUAGGUCCUAUGGGAGAGAAGGGACAAAGAGGUGAAGCCGGUGAAGAUGGUGUACCAGGUACUCCGGGAAGACAUGGGACACACGGAAAAAAUGGCGAAAGAGGUCCGAAAGGAGAUAAGGGAGCACCCGGUUUGACAGGCUUGCCAGCAAAAUUAUCUUCAAUUCUGGAUGAAGAAAUGGAUCCAGCUGAAAAUGCUGCUAUAGUUGAGAAGUUAAGAGGUUUUAAAGGAGAGCCAGGAGAACAAGGUCUAAAGGGCUCUAAAGGAGACUUGGGAUCAAUUGGAAGACCUGGUCCAGAAGGUAAAGACGGUAAGGAUGGCUUACCUGGUAACAAAGGAGAUCAAGGGCAAAGAGGAGCAGCUGGACCAGUGGGACCUAAAGGUGACAAAGGUGACCGCGGAGAGCCGGGCCCAGCGGGCGAAGUUCCUGCUUCAAAAAUAGCGCUUAUGAAGGGUCCAAAAGGAGAGCGUGGUUUAUAUGGGAAACCAGGACCACGUGGUCCCCCCGGACCUGCAGCCAGGAAAGGAGAAAGGGGUUCCCCUGGUCCUAAGGGUGCUAAUGGAAACAUAGGUUCACCUGGACCAAAAGGAUAUCCAGGGCCUGCUGGAAAAAUGCACCACCAGGACCAAAGGGCGAGAAAGGAGAGAGAGGCGAAAGUGCUCCGCCAAUAAAUCUAGUAGAGUUAAAAGGUGCCAAAGGUGAUAGAGGACAAGCUGGCACCCCUGGUAUACCUGGGAAGGUUGGCCCUCCUGGACCUCCAGGAGAACCAUGUAAAGAGACCAGCACUCGAGUUCCGUUAAUUGGACCGCCAGGACCACCGGGACCCCCUGGACCUCCAGGGCAUCCAGGAUUGUCCAUAACUGGGCCCAAAGGUGAACCAGGGAACGUCAUAAUUGAGAAGAUAGUGAAUAAGGACGUCGAUUUCGAUGAAGAUGAAGAUUACACAACAUCCACUGUUGUUUAUAGAAAUAAGAGAUCUUUGAUGCAGAAAACCCAUUCCACACCGUUGGGUACACUUGCUUAUGUUAUACGUGAGAAAUUGUUCUUACUAAGAGUAGAAGAUGGCUGGCAAUAUAUUCUU